CGAAGUGCCACGCUAUGUUUACAGAGUCGAGAGGGUUAUUUGCUCCAUCUGAGCACCCCAUAAAACAUUUAUUCCAAACAAUGUAAAGUGUUUGAGAAUUCAGGGUCGAUGAAGGCCUGGAGCUCAGUAGUUUCUCGUGCAUUCUAUUGAAAAUCAGAAGUAAACAUCGAAAGUGCAUCGUGCUUUUGAAGUUGAAGAGCACCGGAAAAAAUGUUCUGGGAAUUGUCCACCAUAAUGAUACUGGUAACAACUUCUUGGAGCAUUUUUCCGUCUUGCAAAAGAGCCCAGUUCCAAUGUGCAAAUGGUGAAUGCAUAUCAGAAAAAAAUUACUGCAAUGGCGUAAAAGAUUGCACCGAUGGAAGCGAUGAAACUCCAAACUGUUCAACUUGUAACAGGACUUACUAUGGAAGCGUUGGGAUCACUUAUGAGUUGGAGGUAAAACAACCCCAACAAAGUACGAGUCCAUUCCUGUGUUUUCUCAACUUUACAGCAAAAGGAGGCGUUCUUGGAGAAAUUGUACAGUUGAGCUUCGAGUCCUUCUCGGUGGGCACGUUCGAAUCCUUCACAUCAGAAGGGUGUCCCGAUGGAUUCAUGUCGAUAAGGGAAUCGAAUCGUCCAACUUCUGGCGGCAAAUGGUGUGGAAGCGCCUGGGGUUAUACGGUCUAUUACAGCGAGACUCCCAGCAUUAAUCUCACGCUAACUUUGGACAGGCCCCAUCAACAGCAGAACUCAGGCAGCAACUUCGAGUUCAAGCUCUCCUACAAAUUCUUGAAAGUGAGCGACGCACGAAUUCGAUACGGAAAUGCCACUCAGCGGUCUUACAGAGGCAAACUUAGCAGCGGUUCUUACUGCGACCGCUUAUUAGAAGGUUGCUCCAGGAGGCUGUGUCGCAUUCAGUCUCCCAAUUAUCCAGGGAUCUAUCCGAGGAAUGUGAGCUGCCACUACAGAGUUCGAGAAAGGAACGUUCCCCAAGGAAAACACGCCCUAAUUGCCAUCAGACAGGCAAAUUUCCACUACAAGGAACACGUCAGCAAGUUUGAUAAUAGCGAUCGACUUUUGAGAAUAUGGGACCACUGUAAUAUGAUGCAGGAUUUCAUUGAAAUUCUCGACGGCUGGGGAUCUACCGCCAUAACUCUAGCUCACUUAUGCAGCGGAGAAACUAUUCCUGAAAUCAUCAGCAGUGGACCAGAACUCGUAGUGAAAUUCCACACUUCUCCAUAUGGAAAUCCGUUCCACCCGCUGCCUAUAUCCUACUUACCCGGAUUUGAAUUAGAGAUUGAGGUAUGGAGAUGUUUCUUAACAGCCUUGAGCGCUAAAAUAAUCCACCCAAUCUUAAUGCCCCAGGAUGGAUUCGUUGAAACAUUAAAAGUAGAGUCCAGAGGAACUGAAUCUCCAACAUACAUCGAACACGGAAAGAAGUGCGAAUUCCUGGUAACAACCUUUGAAAAUACUUCAGGAUACCUGAAAAGUCCUCUUCACUCACUCCCCCCCAAUACAACCUGUCAUUACCACUUCCGGGGCCACGCUACAGAGAUAGUUUGGAUAUCUUUCAUCAAAUAUCAAGUCACCAACGAAAGGCAGACGGAUUUCAAUGCGGGAGACUGCGACGUCCAGCUACAAAUUUGGGACGGAGAUAUAAAAACCAAAAACACUAUUCCACUAAUCGGCCAAUUCUGCAAGGACGACAAGCCCAAGUUGUGCGAUCACCAUUUGUUGAACAACCUUACCAGACUCACCCGACCGUGCGGUUUGAGUGAAAGCUACGUCAGUACAAACACUGACCUCACCAUAUCCCAUUCCAUCAGGUACGGCAGCAUCAUGUAUCCAGUGAAAUUCAUACUCAGAUAUGAAUUCGUAGACUUGUUCCAAGAGGGAACACAGUUCUCCAGAAACCCCUGUGAUAGACUCUUCCGAGGCUCGAAAGGAAGAUUUUUCUCGCCGAAAAUCGUCUUCCUUUUCGGGCGAGGUGGAAAACAAGACUUAACCUGCACAUAUCAGUUCGAAUCGAAUGAUCAUCAAAGGUUGAAAGUUACGUUCAACAAGGCUCAAUUCGGAUCGAAAGAGUGCCAUUCGGUACACGAUCCAGAUGCAAACAGGUGGGAGUGUAGACCUCAUAGGGUGGAUGAAGGAGUAGCUUUCAUCCAGAUUCUGGAAUAUCCGUGGAACGACGUGGAGUUUGUCCGGGAUUGCAUUUGUCAUAAUAUCGCGGAACCGUUCAGUAUCACCACAAAAACCUCCAGUAAAGUGGUAGUUAGAUUCGUCGUUAAAAAAAUGAAUCUAACGGAGGAUCAUAAUAGUUACUUUUUCGACGCCAACUACGAGCUAGUUCCUAGCGAAAACAAUUGCUUGAACCCCUGGAGCAAUAGAAGACUUCGGGGUUCCAGUGGUGAGGUAACUAUACGGAAUCAAGAACAGAGAGAAACAGACGACAAGUUUUAUCAGAACCACAGUGUUACAUUUUGCCUGCAGCAGCCUUGGUUGAUCGAGCCAGAGGAAGAGAACAACUUCAUCUACCUCAAGAUCAAAGGUACACAGAAGAGGGACCAAAGGCUUUGUCCUAGCAAAAAUCGGAUUCUCGUGUAUCCUGCAGGUGAAACGAAGGUGGUUCACGUAAUCUGCCCUCAUCACGAGAGUGUGGAUGAUGUUGUGGAGAUGUUUUCUGAGGGAUGGAAUCUGUAUAAUCGUAAAAAGAUGCGGGAUAAAAAUUCCAGAAGUUUCAUAAUUGAAUUUUCGAGAAAAGAGACUGGUAACUUUGCUGUCACGUGGAUGGAGGUAUCGAAAAAUCCAGCGUUGAUUUUGCCUAAUUCUUUUUCAGUGAUUGCACCUCCAGAAUGUCAACAUAGCUGUCCGGAGCUGGGGGCCUGUAUAAGUUCGGAACUUUGGUGCGACGGCCUGAGACACUGUCCCUCGGGAAACGAUGAGCAGGAAUCCAACUGUUCGGCCCACAGAGGAUUUCCCACGGCCUACUUGAAUUCGGUCGCCCUAAGUGCGGUCGCUGUGGUAAUCCUGAUUUCGGUAGUUGUUGUAUCCGUUUACAUAUUCAAGCACUGCAGACACAAAAGAGAGAACGUCAUGGUGUCUGUGACAGAACACACUUUUCUGGAUUUCAAAAGCGGAUUGUGUUGACUUUGUUAUGUGAGGAUUCGCGGGAUUUGUACAGGACAUUGAGAAAAGUGCUGUUGAUUUGUUAUGGUUAUCAUUGAACUGGUAUGUAGUGAGUUUGAGCGAACAAUACCUGAAAUAUCUUUUGUUUUUGUAUAAAGUUAUGGAAACCAAACAACUUUUGUGUUGGCGGAAAAGUUCGAAAACCAUAAUACACUUCCUGAAUAUAUUGAUUGGCUUUCUAAACAAACCAUACUUCAUCUUGAAAUAGAAUCUGAACCAAAAGUACUUGAAACAUUUCUAAUAUAAUCCAGACAUAAAAGUGCCUUUUAGAUAAGAAAUAUUUCGCCAGGUAGUACAUAAUAAACAAUGCAAAGCUGACGCAUUCUUUCGAAAAGCUGGCAAUCUUCAAAAGUCCCCAAGAACGACUUCAUUUUUAAUAUUUCGUUUAAAGAAGGAAAAUAAUAAUUUAUAUUACUUAAAGAACUAGAAGUGUCGGGCCUAACACAUAGAUGGCGCUAGUCUUAUUGCAUUCACCGCUUUUGCAGUCAGUACUAACCUUUAAAAGGAAGCUGUUGAAAUUUCAUGAUAUUUCACUCAAAACUUUGCGAGUUAUUGUUCUAAGAGUGACACUACUUUUGUUAUUUCCGAAACAAUGGAUCAAAAACAAUUCCGUGUUUUAAUUUUACACUGCUACUUAAUAAAAAAAACCGUUCAAGCGCAACAUCAGGAACAACAAUUAAACGUUGGUUUACUGACAUCAAACGUGAUCGUAUAGACACUGAUGGACGUCCAAAGAGGCAGUAACUCCAGAAAACAUAAAAAAAUCCACAAAAUCGUUUUGAAUGAUCAAAAAGUGGAGUUGCAUGAGUUACCUGACAUUUUGAAGACUUCUUUUGCUACCUAUUCAAAUCUGCUCAUGAACCGAUGAGCUACGAAGGAAGAGAGUGGGUUUUCCAUUGCUUGCCUUCAUGCUGUUUGAAGAAAAAGUUGUUGAACUGGA